AUGAAUGUCAUCAAGCUUCAAAGGAAAUACCCACAGUUUGAACAAAGCGAGAUCUUCUCACUUCAAGAUGCUUUCAGAAAACUAGACGUGGACGAUAAGGGAUACUUGGAUGAGACCACGGCGAUCAAAGCCACCCAACAGUCUGAGCGUCAGCCAUACGAUGUGGUACGACAGGCCCUGAAGGAAGUCGAACUCGAUAGUUCCCGAAGAGUGGAGCUCGAAGAUUAUGUUGAUCUUAUUUCCAGACUUCGCUCCGCUCCACCACAGCAGAUGGCUGCUGCUGGCGCAAGUACUGCUACAGGAAUACCUGGAAGUGGUACAGGCGCGGCCCGACAUGUCUCCAAAGGCAGUGUCGGAGGUCGCAUUCACGUGCAAGGAUCAUCCGCGAAUGUAACUCAUACCAUCAACGAGGAUGAGAGGACCGAGUUCACCAGGCACAUCAAUGCUGUUCUUGCGGGUGAUCCUGAUAUUGGUCACCUGCUGCCCUUUCCCACCGAUACCUUUGAGAUGUUUGACAAAUCCAAAGACGGACUGGUUCUGGCAAAAUUGAUCAAUGACAGCGUACCGGAUACAAUUGAUGAGCGUGUCUUGAAUAAGCCAGGGAAGAAAAUCAAGCAACUCAACGCUUUCCACAUGACAGAAAAUAACAACAUUGUCAUCAAUUCGGCUAAGGGCAUCGGCUGUUCUGUUGUCAACAUUGGAAGUGGCGACAUCAUAGAGGUUCGCGAGCAUUUGAUCCUUGGCUUGAUCUGGCAAAUCAUUCGUAGAGGUCUUUUGGGCAAGAUUGACAUCAAGCUCCAUCCGGAACUCUACAGGCUCCUUGAGGAGGAUGAGACGCUAGAUCAGUUCUUGCGCCUUCCACCAGAACAGAUACUUCUCCGCUGGUUUAAUUAUCACUUGAAGAACGCGAAGUGGGAUAGAAGGGUCACGAACUUCUCUACGGAUGUGAAGGAUGGCGAAAAUUAUACUAUUCUCCUGAAUCAGUUGGCCCCCAAUCUGUGCUCCAAAGCACCCCUUCAGACUCAGGAUUUGCUUCAACGCGCAGAGCAAGUUUUGGCGAACGCAGAAAUUUUAAAUUGUCGUAAAUUUUUAACGCCAUCCUCACUUGUUGCCGGAAAUCCCAAGCUCAACCUUGCAUUUGUUGCCAAUCUGUUCAAUACAAUCCCAGGUCUUGACCCGAUAACCGAGGAGGAGAAAUUGGAAGUCGAGGAUUUCGAUGCCGAAGGAGAACGCGAAGCCCGAGUCUUUACCUUGUGGCUGAAUUCACUAGAUGUGCAACCCUCAGUGAAUUCAUUGUUUGACGAUCUUCGAGAUGGCACUAUAUUACUGCAAGCAUACGACAAGGUGAUUCCCGGCAGUGUCAAUUGGAGGCAUGUCAACAAGCAGCCUAGCUCUGGCAGCGAAAUGUUGCGAUUCAAAGCUGUGGAGAACACAAACUAUGCGAUUGAGCUUGGGAAACAUAUCGGAUUCUCGCUUGUUGGAGUCCAGGGUGCCGAUAUCACCGACGGACAACGUACACUUACCUUGGGACUUGUUUGGCAGUUGAUGCGGAGAGACAUCACCAACACCCUAUCUAGUCUCGCACAGCGGAUGGGCAAGCGAGAAAUCACUGAUUACGAGAUGAUCCAAUGGGCAAAUGAUAUGUCUCAGAGAGGUGGCCGGACUUCAUCGAUUCGCAGCUUCAAGGAUCAAGCCAUUGGAACCGGAAUCUUCCUACUUGACGUGCUGAACGGAAUGAAGAGCAGCUAUGUUGAUUACGACCUUGUUACUCCAGGUCGAUCGGACGAGGAAGCAUAUGCCAAUGCCAAAUUGAGUAUCAGCAUAGCAAGGAAGUUAGGUGCGACUAUCUGGUUGGUCCCUGAAGAUAUCUGCCAGGUGCGAUCUCGCUUGGUCACUACAUUCAUCGGAUCUCUGAUGGCCACUUAUGAGAAGAUGCAGUGA